AUGUCCGGCCCCCGUCGUUCCGCCCGUCUAACGUCGAGUUCUGCGGGGUCCUCCGUCGAGCCUCCGGAGCGCCCUAUCAGUCGAACGCGGCGCACUCGGGCGUACAUCCGCACGGCCAGCGACGAUGCGGCUGCCGCUCAUGGCGGUAUCUCGCGCACCGCCGGCAACUCGUUCGUCCAGGCGUUCAAGGAUGCGGGCUUCGAGCCGAUCUCCUGGAAGCACGACCGCAAGCGGAUCGCUAAAGAGUUCGCCCCCCUCACGCAGUUCGCAAAGGACAUCCCGCACGAGCUGCAUGACCGCAUCAACGCGCUCAGCCUGGGGGCACGGCUCGCGGGGAACAUGCAGGCGCUCGUCUUCGAGGCAGAGAUCCACGCGAACACGGCCGAGGACGAGCCGUACGCGCCACCGAUCCGCAUCGUGAACGAGAUCGACGACGAGCCCACGCCGCCGGUCGAGUUCUACUACUCGAACCUGAUGUGGCAUGGGGAGGGCGUGCCGAAACCGGACCAUGAUAGCCUGCAUGGUUGCGACUGCUUUGGGCCGUGCGACCCCACGUCGACGACGUGCGCAUGUGUCAAGCGGCAACGCAAGUAUCAAUGGGACCAAGGCGGGUUCAUCUACGACAAGAAGGGCAAACUGCGCGCGCAUGAGUACCCCAUCUUCGAAUGCAACAUGAACUGCGGGUGCUCGGAGGACUGCAUGAACCGGGUGGUACAGCAUGGGAGGCAGUAUGAGAUCGCCAUCUGCAAAACUCUGAAGAAGGGCUGGGGGGUGUUCAACGGUCCCAAGAAGAUACCUGCCAACUCAUACAUUGGGAUCUAUGCCGGCGAAUACCUCACAGAUUCAGAAGGUGAAAUACGGGGCACUCUCUACAACAAGUUCGGAAGGACGUACCUGUUUGACAUCGACUUCUGGUACCUCAAGGAUGACGAGGAGAAGGUCAAGUAUUGCAUCGAUGCGUACCAUGCUGGCAAUAACCACAGCUGCGACCCGAACUGCGUCAUUGUCGCGUGUUACAUCAACGAGGGCAACCUGGACAAGGCCCUGCUCACGAUCUUCACUAACAGGGACGUCGAGCCCUACGAGGAGCUCUGUUUCUCCUACUUCGGCACGCCAGACGACGACAUGGGCGUGGACCCUCCGCCAGAUGGGGACAGCGACGACGACGCGGUCCACGUCAAGUGCCAGUGCGGGGCGCCGAACUGCACAGGGCGGAUGUGGAAGUAG